UGCACUCCGUCGCUGGGACAUCGCUUUUUCACUUAGCCGGCAUUGGGAUUGCUAGUUUUUUUUUGGUUUUGCGCUGUCAAAGGUAUGGGCAGAUGGAUUUUCCAACGCUUUCAGCUCGCUAGAUUAAUUUUCGCUUUCGACAACAAUUGUUGUCGGCUGUCGUCGGCGGACGUUUUGUGUGUUUCGUAUACAAAAUAUUGAGUUGGGUUUUCCCAUUUGUGACGUAGAAAACUGUUAGUUAAGUUCAUAGGCUCUGUGUAUCAAGUGAAGUGGAAGGAAAGUGGAAAGAAAGUGGAAGGAAAGUGCAAGUGAAGAUGCGUCAGAUAAAAUCGAUAUUACGAUUUGUCAGGCAAUUUUUAAGCGAUGAAUUUUAUUCGAUCAUGGGGUACAUCAUGCGGCGCUUUCUGCGGUCGGCCAUGAUCGUCUUCAGUUGGUUUGUUGUACCCUACAGUCGUUUCACGAACAUCAAAGUGAAUCGGAAGAAACUGCCGCCCAUACGGAGUCAUCUGCUGGAAAUACCCGCUGUCGAUUUGGCCAAACUGAUUCGCAAUGGAAAGGUAAAAAGCGAAGAGGUGGUGGAGGCGUACAUUGAGCGGUGUAAGCAGGUGAAUCCGUUAAUUAAUGCCAUUGUGCAGGAUCGUUUUGAGGAGGCGCUCGAAGAAGCGCGCGAUACUGAUCGCCUCAUCGCGUCCGGCAUCAAUACCGUUGAAGAAAUGGAAGAGCACACCCCGUUGUUGGGCAUACCGGUGACGGUAAAGGAGAGUAUUGCGGUUAAGGGCUUAACCAAUCAGGCUGGGCGUGUCUUUAAGACACCACAAAUAGCUAAAUCCGAUGCGCCCGUCGUGGAGCAGAUCAAACGUUGUGGCGGUAUAAUAAUGUUAGUUUCUAAUACACCUGAACUGUGCCUGCUUUGGGAGACGUACAAUAAUGUGACGGGUCAGACGAAAAAUCCCUAUGAUCUGAAGCGCACGCCAGGUGGUUCUUCGGGUGGCGAAGCUGCAUUAUUGGCUAGUGGUGCUUCGCUGUUGGGACUCACAUCCGACAUAGGUGGCUCUUCACGUUUGCCCGCCAUGUUUAGCGGCAUUUGGGGGCACAAGCCCACACCGUACUCGGUGUCGUUUAAGGGUCACCAUCCGACCAGUGAUUAUCCAAAAUGGGGUGACUUCUUCACCAUAGCACCAAUGACACGCUACGCAAAAGAUCUACCGCUGUUGCUGAAAUGUAUGCUUGAUCCCACAGGACCCAAACUGACACUCGAACGUGAACUCAGCGCACAGAGUAUACGUUUCUUUUUCAUGGAUAACGAUGGACCAUCGGGCAUGAUGCGUCCGCUGAGUCGUGACCUACAUGCCGCCAUUAAUCGUGUUGCAACCGAUUUCAAUGCAAAACGUGUGAAUAUACGCAAAAUGAAAUUAUCGCUGGAUAUUUCACUAUCAGCCAUGUUGACAAUGAAAAACAUCGAGACAAUCUAUUACAAGACCGAAGAAGGUGAACGCCCCAAAACUGUAUGCACGGAGACGGUGAAAUAUUUCUUCGGUUGUUCGGAUAGCAUACUGCCGUCGGUGAUAUUCGGACAUUUGCAGAAUUUUAUGAAAAUUAUACCGAACUCACGCCACAAACAUCUGGCCACCAUCAUUGAGGCACUCAAGACUGAAUUCAAAGAGCUACUCGGCAACGAUGGCGUCUUUCUCUAUCCAACAUUUCCGAAUACAGCACAUCAGCAUUAUCAAAUUUACCACAAACUACUGGAGCCCAUGUACAUGGCGAUAUUUAAUACGUUGGGCUUGCCAGUGACCAACUGUAUGAUCGGUUUGGAUAGACGCAAUCUACCGAUGGGCAUACAGGUGGUUGCGAAUCCCGGACAGGAUCAUCUUUGCUUGGCGGUGGCACGUGAAAUGGAACGGCGCUACGGUGGUUGGGUGCGACCACCCUCCGAAGAGUCGGCGAAGCGGGUGUAAAAUUACAGAGGGUAGCCGAAGGAAUGUAGCCUAAGAGCAUAUGUACAUUAUUAUGGUGCGAAGUCCAAAAAGUGCCUAUCAAUAGCUUUUUGGCUAAAAAUAUUGAUAAAAGUUGAUAAAAAAAAAAUAGAAAUCACAAAAUAACGAUAAAGUCCGAUCGAAAAAAUCCAAUUCUAAUAAUUUGAAAGGAGUUUUUAUAGACGCCACGUUUGACUCAAAUAAAUUUCAGCCGAAAACCUAAAUAUUCCAACACUUUUUGCAGGAAUUGGGGUCGUAGACUAGCACUAACGCGCCAAUAUUCUCCACCAAGACGUUAGUCGUCUCGGACUUAUCUAUAUACAUAGACAUGCGAUUUCUUCUUGGAGGCCACGCCACCCGAUCACGACGCGAGAUAUUUGGCUGUAAGACAUGUAUCGCCGUCUUGUUGAAACCAAAAAUCGUCCUCAUCCUCCAUCCUCCACUUCAGAUAUGAAAAAGUCAUUAAUCAUGGCUCUAUAGGCAUCGCUGAAAAAACGAUUAUAUCGAUGAAGUUUACCAUCAUUUCGAAUGAAAUCUCUGGGGUAAUAAAAAAUAUCCAUUUCUACUGAACUUUUGUAACUGGUUGCCAUGCUAAGGCAUAAAUUAGCCAUUUUUUGUUAUUGGAGCGAGUAACAAAUCCCUACAAACGGCACAAAAUAUCCCUUAAGCAUGCUCUUAGGUAAAAUUUUCUUGGUUUUUUUAUAGUGACUGAUGAUUGCAAAAAAAAAAACAUU